AUGGGCCAAACCCGCCGCCACAUCCCUCUCCACCCGGACCCCCCCAACCCAGGUUCCUCCUCCCGCACCUUCCCCCCUCCCCUUCCCCCUCCCCCUCUCAAAGCAUUCACAUUCUCCCCUUCCUCCCUCCUCGCCGCACACCAACACGCCGCACUCGCCUACCUCGCCGCGGACCGGAUCCACACCCUCACCUCACGACCCCCGGCCGCCACCACCUCGCAACCCGCACAACACCAGUGGCUGUCCGACACGCGCACGAACCAGCUCGCCGCCAUCGCCACCAUCGGGCACACGGCGCGGUGUGCGCUGUCCAUCGCGUCGUGCCCCACCGCCGCCACGCUGACGCUUGCGGGCGCGCUUGCGGGCGCGUCCGCCGACUCGAUCGCCGACCUCGUCCUCCUGAGCACCAUUGCCAACGCGCGUCCAGACGCAGUGGUGCGCUGCGCCAUGCCCGAGUUUAAGCGGCGCGGGAUGCAUGUCGCUGGGUUGGGAACGCUGGGGGUGUUCCUUGGAGAGUGUUUCCGGGGCUGCGAGGUAGAGUAUGAUGCUGCGUUUGUGGAUGGGUUUGAGGUGGAUGAGGAUAGGGCGUGGUGGUGGUGGAAGCGUGGGCGCGGGGGAGAAGACGGGGUGGAGGAGGAGGAGGAGGAGGUCGGGUCCAACGGGGACGACGACGGGGUCGAGGAGUGGGGCAACUUUCUGGAUGAGUGUGUGUAG